GAUACGAUGGCCGGCUUCGAAAAAAGUUGAGGUUGAUUGACAGAAACUUGGUGUAUUAAAAGACUACUGCGUGCAAUUUCCAGUCAACGAAGAUGUUUAUUUACUUGAGCAAGAAGAUUGCCAUCCCAAACAACACCACUCUGAGGUGUGUAGCCUGGAACAGAGAGCAGGGGUACAUAGCCUGUGGUGGGGAGAAUGGACUGCUUAAAGUAUUGAAACUUGAGACUGCCACAGGUAAAGAUGCCAAGGUGAAGGGUCUGGCUGCUCCCAGCAAUCUCUCCAUGAAUCAAUCACUUGAAGGACACAGUGGCAAGUGGUCUCCAGAUGGUAAGAUCCUGUUGUUUGGGAUGACAAAUGGAGAAAUACAAGUGUUUGACAACACAGGAAACUUCAUUUCCAAGCUGACAGUGUUUUGUCUCUCUAAUGUGACUGGCGCUGUCCAUAUUGCUGGUAUAGAGUGGUAUAAUGGAGAAUACGGGUUUGUGGAGCCAAACUGUCCCUGCCUGGCCAUUGUCUAUGACAACGGACGGUGCCAGAUUAUGAGAAACGAGUCUGAUGAAAACCCAAUCCUGAUAGACACAGGGAUGCAGGUGGCUAAGUCACAGUGGAAUCAUACUGGCUCUGUCCUGGCAGUGGCAGGGUCACAGAGAGCAGCUUCUGCUGACAAGGAUGUCAAUGUUGUGCAGUUUUAUACUCCCUUUGGAGAGCACCUGCGGACAUUGAAGGUUCCAGGAAAACAGAUGUUUUCGUGUUCGUGGGAGGGAGGAAGUCUGAGGAUUGCCCUGGCCAUUGACUCUUUUAUUUACUUCGCCAAUAUUAGACCGGAUUACAAGUGGGGUUACUGCUCUAACACAGUAGUGUAUACUUUCACUAAGCCAGAGAGGGCAGAGCACUGUGUUAUCUUCUGGGACACAAAAAAUAAUGAAAGAUAUGUGAAAUAUGUGAAGAAUCUCUUGUCGAUCUCUGCUUGUGGUGACUACUGUUGCCUGGCAACAAGGGCGGAUGAUGUCAGUGGUCAGUACGUCCUAGUACUGUGCAACUCCAUAGGCACCCCCCUGGACUCCAAGUACAUAGAACUAGAGCCUGGCUACGUCACCAUGACCAAGACCCACAUCGUGGCAGCGUCCAAGGAGGCGUUUUACACCUGGCAGUACAAGACAACCCAGAAACUGACCACCAUGGACCUGUCUGGGAAAAGACGGGGAGGGACUGAGAAGCUAUACCAUGUGGAUGAUGUACCUUCAGGAGCUGGAGGUGAUAACAUUGACUUCAGCAAAGCUUUCCAGCCCACACAAGACCCCAUCUGCUGCAUCAGUGCCUCGGACAAAAUGCUGGUCAUUGGUCGCGAGUCUGGUACCUUGAACAGAUACACAAUGCCACUGGUGGCGCUGUCAAACAAACAUGUCCUCAACUGUCGUCCUCACCAGAUGGCGCUGAACUGCAACUCUACUCGUUUGGCUAUCAUCGACAUUUCUGGUGUGAUGACCUUUUUUGACCUUGAUGCCAAGGUCACGGAUGCCAACGGACAGGAAGUUGUGGGAGAGCACCUGAAAUUUGAGAGGAAAGACGUCUGGGAUAUGAAAUGGGCAGAGGACAACAGUGAGCUGAUAGCUAUGAUGGAGAAAACCAGGAUGUACAUCUUCAGAAAUCUGGACCCGGAGGAGCCAGUAUUAAGCAGUGGCUACAUCGCCAAGUUCAAUGACCUUGAGAUCACCUCUGUUUUGUUGGACGAGAUCAUGAAGGAUCCAGAAAAUCCGACUGCGGAUAAUAUACUACACCUUGAAAUCAAGUCAUUAAGAGACAGCAGAGAUCUGUUGGAGAAAGUUGGUAUUGAAGAUGCCCAGCAGUUCAUAGAGGACAACCCACAUCCCAGACUGUGGCGACUUUUGGGAGAGACAGCCUUAGAGCAGCUGAACCUAAAAGUAGCAGACAGUGCAUUUGUGAGGUGUAAAGAUUUUCAUGGGAUAGAAUUCAUCAAGAGACUGGGGAAUUUACAGAAUGAGACAAUGAAGCAGGCAGAAGUAGCGGCAUACUUCAGAAGGUUUGACGAGGCAGAGAGGCUUUACAUGGAGAUGGACAGAAGGGACCUGGCCAUAGCCCUGAGAAAGAAGCUUGGUGAUUGGUUCAGGGUGGUCCAGUUACUGAAAACUGGGUCAGGGGGAGAUGAUGUGCAACUGGAGGAGGCAUGGAAUGCUAUAGGAGACUACUAUGCUGACAGACAGAAGUGGCAGCAGGCAGUGACCUACUACGUCCAAGGCAGGAACCAGGAGCGUCUGGCAGAGUGUUACUAUAUGCUGGAAGACUACCAGGGUCUGGAGAAGAUGGUACAGUUCUUACCUGAGAACCAUAAACUACUGCCUGAGAUAGCAGGCAUGUUUGUCACAGUGGGAAUGUGUGAACAGGGAGUGGAGGCUUAUAUUAAGUGUAACCGUGUAAAGCAGGCCAUAGAUGCAUGUGUCCACCUCAACCAGUGGAAUCAAGCCAUCGACCUGGCCAAACAGCACAACAUCAAAGAGAUCGACUCCCUGCUGGCAAAAUACGCGCAGCACCUGCUGGAGAAGAAGAAGGAACUCAGCGCCAUUGAACUGUAUAGAAAGGCCAGCCAUUACCUAGAGGGUGCCAAGUUGUUGUUUAAGGUGGCUGACGAGGAAGCUCAGAAAGGCAGCAAACCACUGCGGAUCAAGAAGCUGUACGUCCUAGCCGCUCUUCUUAUCGAGCAGUACCACGAACACGUGAAGUCCACCUCUAAGUCCAAGGCUAAAGGAAAGUCCAGAGAGGCAACCUCAGCCCUAGCAGGACUUCUUGAGGAAGACUCAGCCUCUAUAUCAGACACAAAGCUUAUAGAUAAUGCCUGGAGGGGGGCAGAGGCAUACCACUUCUAUCUCCUGGCACAGAGACAGCUCUAUGAAGGUUAUGUGGAUGCUGCCAUGAACACAGCUCUGCAGCUCAGAGACUACGAGGACAUCAUCGACCCCAUCAAAGCUUAUUCCCUGAUAGCUUUAUCAAGUGCAGCAAACAGAGCGUUUGGUACAUGUUCCAAGGCCUUCAUUAAACUGGAGUCUAUAGAAAGUGCUAGUCCAGAGGGGAAAUCACAGUAUGAACAGCUGGCUUUGGAUAUAUUUACAAAGCACAGUCCUAAGGACAGCAAGAACACGAGGUCAGAUGCUGCCAACUACGCUAACCUCGUGGCUGAAGGGGACCCCAAGUUACCAGUGUGCAUUGCGACAGGUCGUACGUUAGUGGAUUACCAGUUCUGGGUGUGCAACACGUGCAAGCACUGCGCUUACGAGCAGGAGGUGCAGAGUCGUAACUUCUGUCCACUGUGUCAUAGUCCAAUGUGAAGACAACAAUGACUAUGAGCUGCGAAUAGAAUUUCUGAAGUCAUUACAGAUGUGAUACAUGAUGCAUACUUAAAGGAGAAGAAGUAUUUUUACAGCGAUUUAAAAUUGCUUUCAGCAUUACCAAAUUUUUGGACUUUAAAAGAUAAUAUUUUGAAAAGACAUAUGUUGGAUAUAUUUUAACACAAAAGUGAUGCUGUUUUUUCUCAAAAUUUCCUCAAUUUUGUACAUGUGUAUUUGAUACAUGAGGUAUUUGAUUGCUAAGAUUCAUAUUCAUAUGCAUUUUUUUCUUAAAUCGUAAAAAAAAUAAUCAUAUUUUAAGAUUGAAUUACUGUGCAGGAUUAUCGUUUCCGUCCUUUAAGCCUUUUUCCCCCCCUUUCCAUAGUCGAAUGACGUCAAAAGAUUUCACACAUUAGAUUAACUUAAAUUUAUUUAAAGUAUAUUUUAAACAGAAAUUUACUAUGUGUGUUUCAUAUUAAAAAGAAAAUCUUGAAAUGAUGUGCAGCAAAUUAAUUCCAGUGUGCAGAGAACUGUUUAUUGGAACAAAGAGAAGCAUUCUUCAUUAUCCUAAAUUAUUCUGCAUCUUUAAAAAAGGCAUUCCGUUCAAGAUUCUUAAGUAAUUUGAUUAUUCAGAAAAUAUUAUGAAAUAGUUUUAACUAAUCAAAAUAGCAAUUUUGA